UAAAUUUGCUGUAAUUUAUCUCAUCAAGGACGGGAAAACGAGAUUAAUCACGUGACAUCUUUAGAGACGCCAUAACAAAGAAAAUGCCAGCAGAAAGAGAUUACGAACAUGAGCGCGACCGGGAGAAGGACAGGAAACUGUUCAUCGGCGGUCUCAGCUACGAGACAACUGAGGAUAGCAUGAAGACACACUUCGAACAAUGGGGAGAGAUUGUUGACUGCGUUGUCAUGCGCGACAUGGCGACAAAGCGGUCGCGCGGCUUCGGCUUCAUAACCUACAAAAAAGCGUCGCAGCUGGACGAAGCACAGCAGAAUCGGCCUCACAUCAUUGACGGGAAGGAGGUGGAACCCAAGCGCGCCGUGCCGCGCGAGGAGUCGAGCAAGCCAGAGGCGCAGAUGACAGUGAAGAAGAUCUUUGUUGGAGGCAUUCGUGACGAUACGGAAGAAUCCCAUCUGAAGGACUACUUCAUGCAGUACGGCAACGUCACCUCCGUCGACAUCAUCACGGAGAAGGGAACAAAUCGCAAGCGAGGAUUCGCCUUUGUCUCCUUCGACGAUUACGACCCCGUCGACAAAAUCGUCCUGCAACGGCAUCAUACAAUCAACGGACAUCACUCAGAGGUGAAGAAAGCAGUGUCGAAACAGGAGAUGGCAUCAGCGAUGGAUAGAGGAGCCAGCCGUGGAUCAGGACGAGGGGGAGGAAGAUUUGGUAACCGUGGAGAUGGCGAUAACUGGGGUGGCGGAGGAGGCGGGUACGGUGGCGGAGGCGGCGGGUACGGUGGCGGAGGAGGCGGGUACGGUGGCGGAGGCGGCUAUGGCGGUGGCGGAGGCGGAGGCGGAGGCUAUGGCAAUCAAGGCGGUGGUUACGGCAACCAAGGUGGCGGAAACUUUGGCGGAGGAGGCUAUGGAAACCAAGGAGGUAACUUCGGUGGUGGCUACAGCAACCAGGGAGGUUACGGUGGAGGCAUGGGCGGAAACAUGGGCGGCGGAAACUUUGGUGGUGGCGGCGGCGGCGGCGGAGGAAACUUUGGUGCCAAUGGUGGUGGUGCUGGCUGGAACCAAAAUCAAGGAGCCGGUGGUAACUGGGGCAACAACUCUGGAGGAGGGCUCAGCAAUGACUAUGGAUCUGGCGGAUACGGUGGUGGAGCGAUGAAAGGCGGGAGUUACUCCCAGCGUGGAUCUGGUCCGUACAAUUCUGGAUAUGGAGGAGGCGGCAACAGCGGAGGAGGCGGCAGCAGCAGCGGAGGAGGAAAUUACGGUGGUGGUGGUGGAGGAGGCUACAGCCGACGCUAGAGAGUGGUCUGCUUUUUGCACCAGCUUCUAAGGGCUUUCAGGGAGCAUGUUUUAUAACAUCAUCAAUGAGGAGAUAUCAUAAGCAGCAUAGAAUCAGAGAUAUACUGAAAGAGUCGCAGCUACAGUACACAAGCAAGAUCUAGGUAGUCUCCAGGUUUACCCUAGAAAUGAGGUCAGGGUAAAGUCGCAGGGUUGAACAAAGACUAGUGAGAGUACCAGCACAGCCGACUAGCCAGUCUCCAGUUAAACACGAACAGUUGGGCGACAUAGAGUCACAGGGUUGAAGGAAGACUAGUGAGAGCACCAGCACAGCCGACUAGCCAGUCUUCAGUUAAACACGAACAGUUGAGCGACAUAGAGUCGCAGGGUUGAAGGAAGACUAGUGAAAGCACCAGCACAGCCGACUAGCCAGGCUCCAGUUACACAUCGACAGUGAAGCAACCAGAACAGUGACUUGCACUCCAGCUUAUGAUUUUGUAGCAGCUUGUUUCUGUACACUCUAUAUGCUAAUUUGUUCUACUAUUAUUAUUUUAAGCUGACGAACGUUGUACAUAUAGCAUGACAAUGGUAACCAACUAGUAGUAGACGGGCUGGCAUUUUAUGAAUGACAUACUGGUAAUGUGGAGUAUGCCGUUUAUGUUUUAUCAGAGCAGAAAAUAGUUUUACGAUUGGUUUUGCUCCACGGAAAGCUCUUAGAGGGUGGGUAGUUGUCUUCGUUAUCUUCUCUUAAUAUUCAGUGUAAGACUUUGUAUCAUGUAGCAAUUUGCAGUUCAUCCAAAGAUGUCUCUUUUUGUCUUGUGUAAAGUGAAUUUGUCGCUAAUCUACGUGCUACGAACCACCAUCUGUCACUAGGCUAAGUGUUUAAUUAUCAGAUAUCAAGGUGGCAGUACUGCAGACAGUGUAUAUUUUUUAGAUUUGUGUUUAGUCUAUGUGUGAAAUAAAGAUGAGGGUACACAUUCCACGAUC